AUGUGGUCUGGUGUGGUCUUGUAUGGUCUGAUGUGUUUGUUUUGUUUUGUUUUGUUUUGGUGUGGUGUGGUAUGGUAUGGUGUGUUUUGUUUUUGUUUUGUUUAUGGGUUGGGUGGACUGAAGGAUCUGGCUCAGCUCAAAGACCAGCUUGAGGAGAUCCAGAAGAAGGUGGAGAACGAGGUUCAAGCAGGAAUCCCUCAGGGUGGCUCACUUUUAGCGUCUCCUUUCCUGAAAGGAUUCCUGGCCGGGUAUGUGAUUUCCAAACUGCGUUCCUCAGCCGUCCUGGGAGUGGCUUUGGGAACCUUGACGGGAAUCUACGCCGCUCAGAACUAUCAGGUGCCCAACAUUGAGACGAGCCUGCGAGACUUCCUGAGCUCUCUGAAGAAAGGACCGAGUGAUUAACAAUUCCUCAGCAACCAAAUUCAGACUGAAGAGGAGCGCGUGUGUCCUUCAGCGUCACAUCGGAGCUCCUUCCCUCCGGAACAGAACUGUUGAGUUAGAGAAAACAGUGUUUCGAGGUCUAUGUGUGUGUGUGUGGAUUUGGACUUUAAUAUGUUUUGAUGAAAAGUGGGCGUCAUGUAUGGCUGCACAAUUAAUCGAAAUAAAAUCAAAAUCACAAUA